AUGGAACAUUGGAAGGCUGCAAAGAAAAUCAUGAGAAAAUCCACUUUAGGAUAUGUCUCUCUGCUAGCAGGCGCUGCUGUUUUAGAGACGAUAAUUGCAUCGUCAACAAUAGAAGCAGAGUUUAUAGCAUGCUUUGAAGCAACCUCACAGGCUGUUUGGUUAAGGAAUUUUAUCACAGGGCUUCGAAUUGUGGAUUCAAUUUCUAAGCCAUUAAAGGACAAAAUCCUUCUAACAUUAGGGUGCAUGGACCUCGAUCUGGCACUCCGUGUGGAUGAACCUCUUGAACCCACGGACGAGAGUUCUGCUGCAGAAAAGAGUGCUUAUGAUAAGUGGGAGCGAUCCAAUCGCUUAAGCCUAAUGCUCAUAAAGUCAUAUAUUAGCCAGAGCAUUAGGGGCUCAAUCCCACCAUCUGAUAAGGUCAAGAACUACAUGAGGGCUAUUGAAGAGCAAUUUGUUAGUUCUAACAAAGCAUUGGCAAGUACCCUAAUGUACAAACUAUCAGGAAUGAAGCAUAAAAAUUCUAGGAGUGUGUGUGAGCACAUUAUCGAAAUGAGGGACAUUACAGCUCGUCUUAAGUCCUCAGAGAUUGAGAUUUCUGAGUCAUUCCUUAUCAAUUUCAUACUCUAUUCCCUUCCUGUGGAAUAUGGAGCAUUCCAAAUUUCUUACAACAUACAGAAGGAAAAAUGGUCUAUCAAUGAACUUUUAACCAUGUGUGUUCAAGAGGAGGAGAGAUUGAAGCAUGGAAAAGUAGAAAUUGCUCAUUUAGAAACACAUAAAGGAGGGCAAUGGAAAAAGGGCAAAGGUGAUCAGAAAUAG